GAUAGCGUGCAACAGCUGAAUAUUUCCGCUUCUCACACAUGCUGAAAUUGUUGUCGCGGUCCAUUUGGUAUUCGUUUUUGAACAAAUUCCAAAGCAUGAAGUCGCGACAGAAGCUGGAUUACCGCAACAAGCUGAUGCUGGCACCCAUGGUGCGGGUGGGCACGCUGCCCAUGCGUCUGCUGGCCCUAGAAAUGGGCGCUGACAUCGUUUACACGGAGGAGCUGAUUGAUUUGAAGCUAAUCAAAAGCAUCCGGCGGCAUAAUCCCGCCCUGGGCACUGUAGACUUUGUGGAUCCCUCGGAUGGGACGGUGGUUUUUCGCACUUGUGCCUUGGAGACAUCGCGACUGGUCCUACAAAUGGGCACCAGCGAUGCGACACGUGCCCUGGCCGUGGGCAAGCUGCUGCAGCAGGACAUUUCCGGCCUGGACAUCAAUAUGGGCUGCCCCAAGGAGUUCUCCAUCAAGGGCGGCAUGGGCGCAGCCCUGCUGGCGGACCCCGACAAGGCUGCCAUCAUUCUUCGUACACUGUGCUCCAAUCUGGACAUUCCCGUGACCUGCAAAAUUCGAAUUCUUCCCGAUCUGGACGACACUAUUAGUCUGGUACAGAAGCUGGCCGACACGGGCAUAGCGGCCAUUGGCAUCCAUGCUAGGACCCGCGAUGAGCGUCCACAGCAUCGCCCGCAUCCUGAUGUGCUGCGUGCCGUGGCCAAGGCCGUCUCCAUACCGAUCAUUGCCAACGGUGGCUCCCGGAAUAUACAAAAAUACGAGGAUAUUCUGAAAUUUCAGCUGGAAUGUGGCGCCAAUAGCGUGAUGGUCGCCCGUGCCGCUCAAAUCAAUGUGAGCAUUUUCCGGCGCGACGGUAUCCUGCCCAUGGACGAGCUCAUCGAGCGGUAUCUGCGUCUGUGUGUGGACUACGACAAUGCGCCGCACAAUGCCAAGUAUUGUGUACAGAAUAUGCUCAAGGAACUGCAGGAGACGCCGCGCGGCAAACGCUUUCUGCAAUGCCAGACGCUGCAGCAGAUAUGCGAGAUCUGGCAUCUGGGUGACUAUUGUCGGCGCAAGCAAAAAGAGCUACGCACUCUGGGCAAUUCUGGGCGCGCUGAAGUGGAGCCGCCCGAGGCGCAGGCCAAGCGCCAGAAGCUGGAGGAGGCAGCCACGGCCAUCACGGAUGAUUUUGAGGGCGUCAUUUGCCGCAGCAUGCCAUUCUUAAGGUCCACCUAUGCGAGUGACAAUCAUCUGCCCAAGACCGUACUAUAUGUGCAUGCCGGUAGAACGGGCAAAUCCCCGCCCGGCUAUGAGACGCAGCAAUGCGACAAACUGUUCCGUGCCAUUUGCAGCUACGAUGGCCAACGCUACAGCAGCACAUUCUGGGAGAAGAACAAAAAGCAGGCCGAACAGGGUGCAGCUUUGGUGGCGCUGCUGCACCUGGGGCAGCUGCAGGAGGAGCCAUUGCGCGAGAAUGGCAGCCUGAUCAACUGACGAAAAACACCAAUG